AUGAGCCUCCACAAUUUCUCUGACGCGCUCAUGUGCAAGAUCUUUCCCCUUACGUUGAGCGAGCCAAUCAUGCUCUGGUACAAUCAGCUGAAGCCCAAGUCCAUCACAUGCUUUAAUGAACUGGAGUUGGAGUUCACUAAGCGAUUUGUAACGAGCAACGUCCAGCGAAAGACGUUAUCUAUGCUCGUGAACACGAGAAGAGCAGCGGGAAAGACUCUUCGGCUUUACACUGAGCGGUAUUGGGAGGUGUACAAUCUAAUCCCAGAUUGUGAUCAAGGGAUCGCAACCGAGUCGUUCAUGAAUGGACUAAAUCCUACUUCUGCGAUGUUUCGAGAUCUCUCCCGAAACCCGCCAAAGACAAUGGGAAAGUUGAUGGUGAUCAUUGAAAAAGAUUGCGUUCACGAGGAAGCAGUUGCCGAGCGCAACGUUUCAAAGACCCCUGAAUCUUCCAAGGCACCAGUUGCAGUUAAAAAACAGGUGGCCAACGUAGGGUAG